AUGUCAGAUGCUAAACUGAUGGAUGUACCUGUCUGCGUGCGCAGCGGACCCUUGGUGCGCGCGACCCUCUCUGGGGGCCAGAUGGCGGUGGAGAAAGGCGGGGUGCACCCUGUUAUAGACGCCCUAAUCAAUCUCACUGCUGGUGCCGCAGGGGGAGUGGCGUGUGUGUUAAGCGGACAGCCCUUUGACACGGUGAAGACGAAGCUGCAGACGUUUCCCAGCUUGUAUAGUGGCUUCGUGGACUGCUCCCUGAAGACAUACCGACAGGACGGAGUGUGGGGCCUGUACCAGGGCACCAUGCCUGCCCUCCUGGCCAACAUGGCGGAGAAUGCCGUCCUCUUCGCCUGCUACGGAACCUGCCAGCAGCUCACCGCUCGGACCUUCGGUCUGGAGAGCACUUCAGAACUCAGUGACCUGCAGAAUGCAGCAGCAGGCUCGUUAGCGUCGGUGUUCUCCUCCCUGGUGCUCUGUCCCACUGAGCUGGUGAAGUGCCGCAUGCAGGCCCUGCACGAGAUGAGGGCCGCAGGGAAGACCUCGUUGGCCAGUGGUGUCUCCACCUGGUCCAUGGUGAAGAGCAUCCUGCAGACGGAGGGGCCACAGGGGCUGUUCCAGGGAAUGACCAGCACCUGGCUCCGUGAGGUACCCGGAUACUUCUUCUUCUUUGGUGGUUACGAGAUCAGCCGCACCUUCUUAACGAAGCCAGGAUGCUCUAAGGACCAGCUCGAUGCUCUCCCACUGGUGGUGAGUGGAGGCAUUGGGGGAGCUUUCUUUUGGCUGGCUGUUUACCCCAUUGAUUCUGUCAAGUCCCGCAUCCAAGUGCUAUCCAUGAUUGGCAAACAGGCGGGCUUCCUCCAUACCCUCCUCAGCAUCAUCCGCACUGAAGGAGUUCCUGCCCUGUACAUUGGCCUUACCCCCACCGUCCUGCGUGCGUUCCCCUCAAACGGCGCUCUCUUCCUGGUGUACGAGCUGAUCAGGAGAGCGCUGACCAGCCAGGCUACGGGCAGCUGA